AUGAAGCAAAGGAGAAGGUGCAAUCACCUUGGGCCGAUUCGGGUUACGAGUUGUAUGGUUGAAUCGGUGGAAGAUGUGAGAGAAGCGGUGUAUAAUCAUUUUGGAACCAAAUUUUUGGAAACGGAGGAGGUUAGACCUUGUUUAGAGGGAAUUUCUUUGAAUUCUAUUAGUAGUGAGGAGGCGGAGGGGCUAGAGAGUCCUUUUCUUGAAAGGGAGAUUAAAGAGGCGGUUUGGGCUUGUGGAGUAAAUAAAAGUCCGGGUCCGGAUGGUUACUCUUUUCUUUUCUUCAAAAAGUGUUGGCAUUUUGUAAAGUUCGACUUCAUCUGUUAUUUCAAUUAUCUUUUCGUCGGAAAGGAUUUAUCAAAGGCGGUUACUUCUUCCUUUUUGACCCUUAUUCAGAAGACUUCUAAUCUGAUUGGAUUGGAUGAGUAUAGGCCUAUUUGUUUGGUGGGAUGCAUGUACAAGGUAGUGGCGAAGCUUUUGGCGGGGAGAUUAAAAGGAGUGUUACAUUCUAUCAUUUCAUCUUCUCAAAGUGCUUUUGUUCCCGGAAGACAACUCCUAGACGGUGUUUUAGUGGCUAACGAGGUGGUGGACUUUGCGAGAAAAGAAGGUAAAAGGUGUACCCUUUUCAAAGUUGAUUUCGAGAAGGCCUAUGACAAAGUUAGUUGGAAUUUUUUGAGAUACAUGUUAAGAAGAAUGGGGUUUGGGGACAACUGGAUGGAAUCUUUGGUGUUUACUAGUAGUAUGUUGGUGUUGGUUAAUGGGAGUCCCACGAAGGAAUUUAAUGUUUCUAGAGGUUUGAGGCAAGGAGAUCCCCUUUCUCCUUUUAUUUUUGUCAUUGUGGCGGAAGGUCUAUCGGGUUUGAUUAGACAAUCCAUAGAGUUGAGAGAAUUCCAAAGGUUUGUGAUUAAGGAGUCUUGUUCGAUGGAUAUUCUCCAAUUUGCGGGUGAUACCUUAAUUGUGGGCGAUGGAAGUUGGAAACAUGUUUGGGCUAUAAAGGCGGUUCUUCGCGCGUUUGAGAUUGUUUCGGGCCUUGGGAUCAAUUACCAUAAAAGUAAGUUGAUUGGAAUUAAUACUAAUAGGGGUUUUUUGGAAGGGGCAUCUUUUUUACUUUCUUGUAAAUUGGUAUUCCCAUUGGAUUUAAUCCGAGAAAGGAGGACACAUGGAAGCCGCUUGAUGCCUAAAAAAGUGAGGAGAGUUCAUUGGGUGAAGUGGGAGGAUGUUACUUUACCGGUGGAUAAAGGGGGCUUGGGAGUUAAAAAUAGUUCUUUGUUUAAUGUGGCUCUCCUUAACAAGUGGAGGUGGCGAAUUCUUCAAGGUCAAGAUUCUCUUUGGUUUGAAGUUUUAAAAGCAAGGUAUGGAGAUUUAUCUUCUAAUGUCUUUUGCACCACAAAGGAUGCCAUUGUUUCUCCAUCUUGUUCGUUUUGGUGGAAGGACUUGUUAAAGGUGAGUUUUUCUUUCAAGUUGGAUCCUAUAGUAGAAAGAACUAGUUUUGUUGUUAAUAAUGGUUUUUGCACUCCGUUUUGGGAUGCCAAGUGGAUUCUUGACGAGCCUUUGAAAGAGGCGUUUCCGGCGUUAUAUGAGUUGUCUUGUUUGAAAAAAGUUUCGAUAGCGGCGAUGGGUGGUUGGAUGGAAGGCGUUUGGAAGUGGGUUAAUUUCGGUAUUUCCGAUUCUCUUGUUAGCAACGAUGCGUUGGCGGAGGAGUUGGUAAGUUUGAAACGUAGGGUGGAAGAGUUUAGAGGGUGGGGCGUCGGCAAAGACUCGGUGGUGUGGAGUGGGUGUUCGGAUAAGGAGUUUUCGGUAGCUUCGUGUUAUCAUUUUUUGGAUUCUAUUAGGAUUCCUUUUGGCCCCGCUAAUGUUCACGACGGUGUGUUUAGCUUGAUUUGGAAGUUGGAGGUUCCGUUUAAAAUUAAAGCUUUUGGUUGGAGGUUGUUCCGCAAUAGACUUCCAACUAGGGAGAUGUUGGUAAGUAGAGGUGUGGUUCUCCCUUUAGUGAAUUCUUUUUGUAUAUUUUGUGGUAAUGACAUGGAAACAAUGCACCAUCUAUUUUUUAGAUGUGGGGUGGUAAAGAAGAUAUGGAGUGAAAUAGAGUUUUGGGUAGGAAAAAGCAAUAGUUUUUUUGACGAGUGCUUUUCGCAUUUUAUGGAGUGGCACUCCUUUUUUGAUGUGAAUAUGGUGAAAGUUAGGAAAUUGGGGAUUAUUUGGUUAGCUACUAUUUGGGCGAUAUGGUUGGUUAGAAAUGGCGUGUGUUUCCAGGACGACCCGUGGAAUGUCAACAAUACCGUUUGGAAUAUUAAAUUGUUGGCUUGGAAGUGGUCUUUUUGUGGGAAUAUUACUCACUCCAAUUACUCUUUUUACGAGUUUUGUAAGGAGCCGAUUUAUUUUCUCUCGUAA